AUGGCUCAAAGACGAAAAGUACCGGAAGGAGAGCUAUGUGCGGUUUGUUCGGAUUUAGCAACUGGUUAUCAUUAUGGUGUUGCAAGUUGUAAUGGAUGGCAAGCAGUAAUAAAACAUUUUUUCGACGUACAAUUGUAUCGGAUCACACGUUUAUAUGCCAAUAUCAAGGCAAUUGCGACGUUAAUAAAAAUAUACGUUGCGCAUGUCGUCAUUGUCGAUUCAAUAAAUGCGUGGCGGUUGGCAUGGACGCAAAAGGGAGGCGUAAACAAUCCAUCAAUGAAAGCCAUUCAAAACGAUCGGGAUCGAAUCGGUCCAACGAAAAAGAUGAAAUUAAGUACACAAAGCUCUGAAGACGAUAGUGCGAUGAUGGUGAAAUCAUCUGAAGAAAAGCUGAUUGAACAUUUGCACACAAUCGAGAAGCAGUGUCUCAGACUGCGUCAGUGCGUCCUGUCUGAGAUAUCUGGCCUGAAAGAUGCAGUCGUCGGGCCGUCACUGGUCUACGAGGUAAACAAUCUCGAAAUUGAUCCAUAUACAAUAAAGGGCGAUUUGUAUAUGGCGAAUAUGAAAGAUAUUCAAAUGUGGAAUAAACGUGAAAUGCGUGUUGCGUUGGAAUGGGCGAAAACUUUCGAUCUUUUUCAACAGCUUAGUAAGGAUGAUCGAGUAGCCCUAAUUAAGAAUUUUGGAUUUACGUUUAAUUUACUGAAUCGAAACUACUAUUCAAUCGAUCAAGAUAACGACAAAAUCGUCCUUCCGAACGGUGCAUAUAUACGACGCCAAGUACAAGACGAAGUAAAACUACCCGGAUGUCGGACAAUCUAUCACCGUCAGAUGGAUGAAAUAAUGAUACCGUUUAGACAGCUACAAGUGACCGUACCAGAAUUUGCGCUUUUUAAAGCCAGCGUCUUCUUCAAUCCAGAUGCUAUUAAUCUUUCACCUGCGGCCAAGUCGCAGAUAUACGCGGAACGUUCCAAAUAUUUAUCGGCACUAUUUUCAUUAAUAACUUCAAAGAAUGGCAUAACGGCGGGUGCACAAAAAUAUGGUAGUCUCCUAAUGAUGGCUUCGUCCGUCCAGAAUAUAAUCGCGCAAAAUGAAGAAAAUAUGCAAGUGAUGGAUUUCUUCGAAGAAAAUUGGAAGAUGGAUAAUUUCGUGAAAGAAGUUUGUUUAAAAGAUCCCUAG